CACGAUCAGUUGUUUGGCCGACUUCUCACACCGAGUAACACGAUGAGGCAAUCCAUAAAGUACAUAUUCGCAUUAUUGAUUGCCCUGGAGAUGUUGACCCUUGGCGACACGGCGCCCAUUGGUGAGCAUCCGGAUCAUGCCGGUUGCAUACGGAUUACAGUCAUCAAGCGACCUUUGGCCACCACCACGACGACAACAACAACGACCACGACCACCACAACCACAACAACCAGAGCAACCACUGCGGCCACUGGUUAAGAAAGGAUUAUUCCGAAUUAUCUGCAGUGAUCAAUUCCAUAUAUAUUCUCCGGUUUAUCGGCUUAAAUCAAAUUACUUAAAAUCCAAUUAGCUCGUGAAAUACAAUCUUUUUUUUAAAGGAUAAUCUUUAGUUUACGCUAUUGAAAACAUUGUAAAGCCAACUUCAACAUCCCUACACAUAUUUUUGAAAUAGAAAUGGCAUCCGAAAUCAUUGCAUACUUUGCGGCAGACACACGAAAUGCAAUUUCAGCCACGCCCACUCCCCAAGGUGAUGUAAAAUGGGCUAAAAAGGCUGUGAAAGGCCACCGCACAAUGCACAAACGAAGCUGCCGAAUAUAAUUAAAUAUUUUAUCGCAUAAAAGUGCCAAAAAUGAAACGACAACAAGAAAAUAAGCAGCCGGCAUGCGUUUUUCCAUCUGGCUCCUCUGACCAUUGUGCUUUGUGUGCACUGCAAAAAAAAACAUAGCCUGUUAAUAAUGUGAAAUGGAAUAUUGCAAUUUCGAAACAGAUUAUUCAAAUAAAUUUGAUUGGAAUAAUGCCACUUUAAAUAAUUGGAUUAAUAAUCCCCUUUAAAACUAAUAAAGAACGAAGAUGAUUUGAAAACUGGA